AUGACUGAAGUCGAUACUGCUAGUGUUGCAUGGGUGUUAGUCUCAACAGCACUCAUCUGGAUUAUGAUUCCUGGCAUUGGUUUAUUCUAUUCUGGUAUGACAAAACGUAAAAGUGCGUUGUCAAUGCUAUGGCUAAGUUUUAUGGCUAUGGCUGUUACUUCUGUUCAGUGGUUUCUAAUUGGCUAUUCACUGACUUUCAGUAUGUCUGGGUCACGAUUUAUUGGUGAUUUAGCUCAUAUUGCAUCUAUUAAUGUUCUUGAUGGACCAGCACUUGGAUCAUUAACAAUACCUGAUAUUGUAUUUUGUAUAUUUCAAUUGAUGUUUGCUGCGACAUCAACAACAAUUGUAACAGGAGCAGUCUGUGAACGUGGUCGUAUGUGGCCAAUAACUGUCUUCACUUUCGUUUGGUGUACAUUGGUCUAUAAUUUCGUAGCAUGUUGGAUUUGGUCACCUAAUGGUUGGGCGUAUACACUUGGGGCAUUAGAUUAUGCUGGCGGUACUCCUGUUCAUAUGAUUGCUGGUGCAUCAGCUCUUGCCUAUAGUCUACUGCUUGGUCAACGUCCACCAGUUACUCAAAUUGAACAAAGUCGACCACAUAAUGUUGGUAAUAUAUUUCUUGGUACUGUUUUAUCAUGGUUUGGUUGGUUUGGUUUUAAUGGUGGUAGUGGAUUAGUUAUUGGUAGUCGUGCUGCAUUAGCUUGCGUGGUUACAAAUUUAGCAGCUUGUACAGGUGGUUUUACUUGGUGUAUGCUUGAUUAUUUUCUUACAAAACCACGAUAUAAAUUUACUGUAUUUGGUUUUUGUAUGGGUUCAAUGGCUGGUCUUGUUUGUAUAACACCUGGAUCAGGUUAUGUUAGCGCACCAUCUUCACUUGUCUUUGGUAUUGGUGGUAGUACAUGUGUAUAUUUUGGUAGGAAAAUAAAAACUCUUUUGAAAAUUGAUGAUGCAUUUGAUAUAUUUGCACAACAUGGUAUUGGAGGUUUUGUUGGAUGUUUAUUAACAGGUAUAUUUGCUCAAAAAUACAUUCCAGCACUUGACCAAGUCACUAUUGCUGGUGGAUGGUUAGAUGGUAAUUGGAUACAAAUGUCUUAUCAAUUAGCACUAACAGGUGCCGCUUUUGUUUGGAGUUUUGUAAUGACAUUAAUUAUUUUAUUUAUUAUGAAUAAAAUUCCUGGUUUAGCAUUACGUGCAAGUGAGGAAGCAAUAAGCGAAGGAAUUGAUUAUGAUCAAUUUAAUGAAUAUACACAUGAUUAUAUUGAAUAUCAACGAGAUCUUUACAUAACACAACCAACAUCUGUAAAUAGUUUUAUGACAGUUACACCAGUUGAUAAUAUUGAUAAUGAAAAUGUAGUACAGAAACAAAAUGAAAUAAAAAUGGUUAAGAUUAACACAAUACCAACUAUACAAGAGGCAUGGUAA